CGCCCCGAGCUUUGCGUCAGCAGCGGGCGGCUGCCCGGGUCCGGCGGAGCCGCGACGCUUCCAGGGAGGACGUCGGGGACGCGGCGGCCGGCCGGAGAGACAGCUGCAGCGGGGCUCGGCGAGUCCCGAGCCCGGCCUGCGUGGCUGUCACUCAGCAUCUCCCUUAGGCGUUUCUAUGCCCGCGCCCUCCCUGCUCCGAGGGGCGGGGCGGGCCGCUCCGGUACCCAGAGCCCGCGCGCCGCGCCCCUGCACCUGGGAGACCCCUCCGGGCCGUGCCCGCCAGAGCCAGCGAAUUUGGGGAAGGAGUGCAUGUAGGACCUGAGGGCCAGAGCCCUCAGACACGCUGCCCAGGCCGGCCGCGGCCCCGGGAACGCCCCGUGCGCGCUGGGAGGGAAGAUGAAGGAGAUCUGCAGGAUCUGUGCCCGGGAGCUGUGUGGAAACCAGCGGCGCUGGAUCUUCCAUACGGCGUCCAAACUCAACCUCCAGGUCCUGCUCUCGCACGUCCUGGGCAAGGAUAUAUCCCGCGAUGGCAAGGGCGAGUUUGCUUGCAGCAAGUGUGCGUUCAUGCUGGACCGGAUCUAUCGGUUCGACACCGUUAUCGCCCGCAUCGAAGCCCUUUCGAUCGAGCGCCUGCAGAAGCUGCUGCUCGAGAAGGACCGCCUCAAGUUCUGCAUCGCGAGCAUGUAUCGGAAGAACAACGAGGUCGCUGUCCCGGAGCCCAAGGCGGGCAACGGGACGGUUGACAUUUCCGGCUUGCCCGAUGUCCGAUACUCUGCCCUGCUCCAGGAAGACUUUGCAUACUCCGGGUUCGAGUGUUGGGUCGAAAAUGAGGACCAGGUCCCGGAGUUGCACAGCUGCCACGCUUCGGAGGGCCCUGGCAGCCGACCCAGGAGAUGCCGCGGUUGUGCGGCUCUGCGGGUGGCCGACUCGGACUACGAAGCCAUUUGCAAGGUGCCUCGAAAGGUGGCCAGGAGCAUUUCCUGCGCGCCCUCGAGCAGGUGGUCCACCAGCAUCUGCACGGAGGAGCCGGCCUUGUCCGAAGUCGGGCCCGCAGACCUCCCUGGCACCAAAGCCCCCCCGGAUGGAGAGAGCAUGGAGGAGGGCACGCCGGGGUCCUCGGUGGAGUCUCUGGACGCGAGUGUCCAGGCUAGCCCCCCGCAGCCAAAGGAUGAGGACCCCGAGAGGAGUGCGAGGGAGUGUGCCAGGUGCGACUGCUAUGCGGACGAACAGGCCCCGCAGCACACGUGUAACCACAAGCUGGAGCUGGCGCUGAGUGUGAUUAAGGGGCUCGACUAUAAGCCAGUCCAGAGCCCCAGAGGCAGCAGACUGCCCAUCCCCGUGAAGUCCAGCGCGGCGAGAGCCAGGCCCGGCCAGGCCGUGACAGACGCGGUUAGUCCCGGGCUCCUGCACAGGUCUCUGAGGUCCCUGGACAAGGCACCCGCGAGUUUUCCCUUGGAAAUUUCAGACCUGCAGGAGCUAUGGGACGAUCUCUGUGAAGAUUACUUGCCACUUCGCUUCCAGCCCAUGGCUGAAGAUUUAUUCAAGCAACAAAGACUGACUGAAAAUGAGACUAACACAACACAAAAAUCUGUGUCUGAUUCCCACUUGGCAGAACUCCAGGAAAAGAUCCAGCAAACAGAAGUCACCAACAAGGUCCUUCAGGAGAAACUGAACGAAAUGAGCUGCAAACUGAAAUCUGCUCAGGAGUCAUCUCAGAAGCAAGAUGGUACAAUCCAAAGCCUCAAGGAAACUCUCAAGAGCAGGGAAAGUGAGACCGAGGAGUUGUACCAGGUGAUUGAAGGUCAGAAUGACACCAUGGCAAAACUCCGAGAAAUGCUGCACCAGAGCCAGCUUGGACAACUUCAUAGCCUGGAGCCUGCUCCCCCAGCGCAGCAGCAGGUCGCCCUGCUCGGUCUUCAGAGUGCUCUGUUCUGCAGCCAGCUUGAGACCCAGAAGCUCCAGAGGGUGGUGCGACAGAGAGAGCGGCAGCUGGCUGAUGCCAAACGAUGUGUGCAGUUUAUCGAAGCUGCGGCCCAGGAGCGAGAGCAGCAGAAAGAGGCUUCUUGGAAACACAAUAAGGAAUUGCGAAAAGCCUUACAACAGUUACAAGGAGAAUUACAGAAUAAGAACCAAAAGCUUCGUGCCCUGGAGGCUGAAAAAGACAAUGAGAUUCGAGCCCAGGAGCAGAAUAUCCAGCGUCUAAACCAUAGUCUGAAUCACAAAGAACAGCUGCUCCAGGAACUUCGGGAGCUACUGCAAUAUCGGGAUAACCCAGAUCCAACCUUUGAAGCAAAUGAAAUGUUGCUUGAGAAACUUCGGCAACGAAUACAAGAUAGAGAUACUGCUCUAGAGCGAGCUAUAGAUGAAAAGUUUACCGCCCUAGAAGAAAAAGAAAAAGAACUGCGUCAGCUGCAGCUGGCUGUGAGAGAGCGAGACUAUGACCUGGAGAGAUUGCGCCUUGUCCUCUCCUCCAAUGAGGCGACCAUGCAGAGUAUGGAGAAUCUCCUGAGGGCGAAAGGCCUAGAAGUGGAGCAGUUGUCUACCACCAGUCAGAACCUCCAGUGGCUCAAAGAAGAAAUGGAAACCAAAUUUAGCCACUGGCAGAAGGAACAAGAAAGUAUCAUUCAGCAGUUACAGACCUCUCUGCACGACAGGAACAAAGAAGUGGAGGACCUUAGUGCAACGCUGCUCUGCAAACUUGGACCAGGUCAAACCGAGAUUGCCGAGGAGCUGUGUCAGCGUCUGCAGCAGAAAGAGAGGAUGCUUCAGGACCUCCUGAGUGACCGCAACCAGCAGGCCGCAGAGCACGGGCUGGAGAUGCAGAGCCUCCUGCAGUCUCUGAGUGCCAGGGAGCAGGAGAGCCAAGUAGCAUCCGAGAAGAUGGUACAAGCCCUGAUUGAAAGAAAUUCAGAAUUACAAGCCUUGCGCCAAUAUUUAGGAGGGAAAAACAUCCUGACUUCCCAGGCACUCAUGUCUAACCAGUUAGUUGAAGUUACCUCCAGCUGCCCCCUGCUUGGAGAGCAGACUGAUCAAGGUUCCAUGCAUAUACCCUCCAGAGACGAUAGUACUUCGCUGACUGCCAAAGUGGAUACCAGCAUGCCCAGAUCCUCACUAGGAGACUCGGACAUGGUUGCUGAGCUAGAAAAAGAACUGAGUAAUGCCAAAGAGGAACUGGACCUCAUGGCGAAAAAAGAAAGAGAAAGUCGGAUGGAACUUUCUGCUCUGCAGUCUGUGGUGGCUGUGCAGGAGGAAGAGCUGCAGGUGCAGGCCGCUGAUCUGGAGUCCCUGACCAGGAACAUGCAGAUUAAGGAGGACCUCAUCAAGGACCUGCAGAUGCAACUUGUUGAUCCAGAAGAUAUACCAGCUAUGGAACGCCUGACCCAAGAAGUCUUACUUCUUCGGGAAAAAGUUGCUUCAGUAGAAUCACAGGGUCAAGAAACUUCAGGAAACCGAAGACAACAAUUAUUGCUGAUGCUAGAAGGACUGGUCGAUGAGCGGAGCCGGCUCAACGAGGCCCUGCAAGCAGAAAGGCAGCUCUACAGCAGUCUCGUGAAGUUCCAUGCUCACCCUGAGAGCUCGGAGAGAGACCGCACUCUGCAGCUGGAGCUGGAAGGGGCGCAGGUGUUACGCACUCGGCUCGAAGAAGUCCUUGGAAGAAGCCUGGAGCGCUUGAGCAGGCUGGAGACACUGGCUGCCAUUGGAGGUGCAGCUGCAGGCGACGACACUGAAGAUGCAAGCACUGAGUUCACUGACAGUAUUGAGGAGGAGGCUGUACACAAUAGCCACCAGCAACUCAUCAAGGUGGCUUUGGAGAAAAGCCUGGCAGCUGUGGAGACCCAGAAUGUCUCCCUCCUUCCUCCUUCCUCUGCAGAAGGGGACUAUAACAGGGGUCUUCAGGAGGAAAUGCUCCACCUGAGGGCUGAGAUGCACCAGCACUUAGAGGAGAAGAGGAAAGCUGAGGGGGAGCUAAAGGAGCUAAAGGCUCAACUCGAGGAAGCAGGAUUCUCCUCUGUGGCCCACAUCAGGAACACUCUGCUGAGCCUUUGCCUUGAGAAUGCAGAGCUGAAAGAGCAGAUGGGAGAAGCAAUGUCUGACGGAUGGGAGAUUGAGGAAGACAAGGAGAAGGGCGAGGUGACAGUGGAUACUGUGGUAGCCAAAGGGAAUCUGAGUGAGAAUCAACUCCAAGCAGAGUUCAGAAAGCUCCAGGGAAAACUGAAAAAUGCUCACAACAUCAUCAACCUCCUCAAAGAACAACUGGUGCUGAAUGGCAAGGAAGGGAAUAGUACACUUACACCGGAGCUCCUGGUGCGUCUGGCAAAGGAGAUCGACAGAAUGAACACUGAGCUGAUUGGCUCUCCUGGGAGAUCCCAGUGCCAAGAAGAAGAGGAUGUGACUAUGAGGCCCUGCCCACGACCCCAGAGCCUUGACCUGGGGGCCGCCCUCACUGUGGAUGUCCAACCGGACCACCAGCCUCAGGCCUGUGAUCCUAGGUCCCAGGCAGAAUUGAGCCUUUCAGGAUCCACCAAGCACUUGCGCGCGCAGCUCACACAGUGCAGACAGCGCUAUCAGGACCUCCAGGAGAAGCUGCUGAUAUCAGAAGCCACUGUCUUCGCCCAGGCCAACCAGCUGGAGAAAUACAGAGCUAUGUUUACAGGUGAGCCACUGGUGAAGCAGGACAGCAAGCAGAUCCAGGUGGACCUCCAGGACCUGGGCUACGAGACAUGUGGCCGCAGUGAGAAUGAGGCUGAGCGGGAGGAGACCACCAGUCCCGAAUGUGAAGAGCACAACAGCUUCAGGGAAUCCAUCCUAAGAGAAGGGCUGUGCUCAGCCCCUGGGAAGAAGCCCUCAAUGAGCCAGCUGUGGAUGCAGGAGGACUUCCAGUCAUAUGGAAAGUCAGAAGACAUCUCUGUCCUGCAUAAGGACAUCAGAGAUCUGAAGGCCCAACUGCAGAAUGCCCACAAGGUCAUUCAGAACCUCAAGAGUCGGGUCCGGUCCCUCUCUGUGACAAGUGAUUAUUCCUCCAGUCUGGAGAGACCUCGAAAGCUGAAGGCCCCAAAAGCUGGAGGCCUUGAGGGAUCGUCACCACAGAGUGCCACAGAUGAAGAUGAAGGAUGGCUGUCCGAUGGCACUGGGGCUUUCUACCCACCUGCACUUCAGGCACAGAAGGACCUGGACAGUCUGAUCCAGAGAGUGUCCCAGCUGGAGGCCCAGCUCCCCAGAACUGGUCUGGAGGGGAAAUUAAAUGAGGAGCUGAGAUCAGCCCCGUGGCCUGGAAAAUAUGAUUCCUUGAUUCAGGACCAGGCCCGAGAACUAUCAUACCUACGUCAGAGAAUAAGAGAAGGGAGAGGUAUCUGUUAUCUUCUCACUCAGCAUGCCAAAGAUGCAGUGAAAUCUUUUGAGGACCUCCUGAGGAGCAAUGAUAUUGACUACUACCUGGGGCAGAGCUUCCGAGAGCAGCUUGCCCAGGGAGGUCAGCUGACGGAGCGGCUCACCAGCAAGCUCAGCACCAAGGAUCACAAAAAUGAGAAAAAUCAAGCUGGACUUGAACCCCUGGCUCUCAGACUCAGCAGGGAACUCCAGGAAAAGGAGAAAGUGAUUGAAGUCCUGCAGGCCAAGCUGGAUGCCCGCUCCCUCACACCCUCCAGCAGCCGCGCCCUGUCCGACUCCCACCGCACCCCCAGCAGUUCCUCCUUCCUGUCUGAUGAGCUGGAAGCCUGCUCUGACAUGGAAAUAGCCAGCGAGUACACACCCUAUGAGGAGAAGAAAGUUUCACCUGGGCCUUCAGAUUCCAUCCAUCAUUCGACUCAUUCUGCCGUACUGUCUCCUAAACCAUCAGCAACCAGUGCACCUCAGGGGCUUAAAGCCGAACCCAGCUGCAAUCCAAUCAACUGUCCAGCUCCCCAGAGCCCCCCCAAGGAGGCCAUGCAGGCCCAUCCAGGCCUUCAUUUCCCCUCUAUACCCAGGCUGGUUAGCCCCGCUCAGGCGCCACUGCCCUCAGCUCCACACAGCUUCCCACCUUUCAGCUCCACUGGCCCUCCGGUCCUUGGCUGCUGUGAGACACCCGUAGUCUCCUUGGCAGAGGCUCAGCAGGAGCUGCAGAUGCUGCAGAAGCAGUUGGGAGAAAGUGUUAGCUCCAUCAACCCUGCUUCCCCGGCAACACUGUUGAGCAACCAUUCAGAAGCCAACUCCUCCCACUACCACAACCCUGCCCAGCCCCACUCUCUGAGGGGUGCCAUAGAACUGGGCAGGAUCCUGGAGCCCGGGUACACCAGCAGCAGUGGCCAGUGGGAUCUGAUGAUGCCUCAGAAAGGGAGUGUAUCUGGCGAUCUCUUCUCGGGCUCAUCUGUGUACCAACUUAACUCCAAACCCACAGGGGCUGAUCUGCUGGAAGAGCACCUUGGAGAGAUCCGAAACCUCCGCCAGCGCCUGGAGGAGUCCAUUUGCAUCAAUGACCGUCUGCGGGAGCAGCUGGAGCACCGGCUCAGUUCCACUGCGCAGGAUCUUGGAUCCACCUCUCACUUCUACAGUCAGGGCCUGGAGUCCACACCCCAGCUCUAUGACGAGAACAGAGUCCUCAGGGAGGAAAACCGGAGCCUUCAGGCGCAGCUGAGUCACGUCUCCAGAGAGCACUCCCAGGAGACACAGUGCCUGCGGGAGGCCCUGCUCUCCUCGCGCUCCCGCCUUCAGGAACUGCAGAGGGAGCUGAGUCACCACAGGAUGGAAGAGCAGCAGCUCCUGGGGGACCUGAAGGAGAAGCAGCAGGAGAUCCUGCACUUCCAGGAGGAGCGACUGUGCCUUCAGGAGAAGGACUCCAGGAUGCAACAAAAACUGGCCCUCCUGCAGCAACAGUGUGAAGAGAAACAGCAACUGUUCCAGUCCCUGCAGUCAGAACUGCAGAUCUAUGAGGCUCUCUAUGGGGAUCCCAGGAAGGGGCUGAACGUGCAUGCCUGGGAUGCCUGUCGCCAGGUCCCUCUGAGCAGAGACCUGAGCCACCUUGUGGCAGAAAUCCGAGACUUGAGGGGACAGCUGGAGCAGAGCAUUCAGGCUAACAAUGGCCUGCGACUGCAGCUUCAGCAACAGCUGGAUGGAGAUGCAGGCCAGGAGAGGCCUUCCUCUCGGCAGCCCUUCCCAGACAGUGCCGGCCCUGCGGCCCCGCUCUUCCCAGAUUCGGCUGCUUCCCCGCCAGUUCGGGACAUCGGCAUGAGUUCUUCUGGUCUGGUCUUUCCUGGCAUGCCUUCCUCUGGACCACCUUCAGGGUCAGCUGUCACAAAUGACUUGAGUUUGGAUGAAUCACCUAAGCUGGAGGGACAUGCUGUGGAUGGCUCCUUUGCCAAUAAGCAUGGCCGCCACGUCAUUGGCCACAUUGAUGACUAUAGCGCCCUCCGACAGCAGAUUGGGGAGAGCAGACUGCUGGUCACCAAGAUGGCAUCUCUCGUGAGAUCAGCAUGCAACUCUCCUGGCCUGGAAGCGCAGGGCACAGAGGUGCCUGGGGGUGAAGGUGUCCAGGAGCUCCGCAGAAGCGCCAGUGCCCUGCACCGCUCGCUGGAGGAGUCUGCGUCCCUCCUCACCAUGUUCUGGAGAGCUGCUCUGCCGAGCCCCGCGGGCCACAGCCCAGCUGCCAAGGCGGGAGAGUCCGUGAACAGGGAACUUCUGGAACUGAGAACCAAACUAUCUAAACAGGAGACUCUGCUUCAGAGUACAGUGGAGCGUCUGAAGACAGCUAAUCAGCAGAAGGAGAGUAUGGAGAAGUUCAUCUUCAGCCAGUGUAGUGACCAGGACACAUGAUGUUUUGAAGAAGGCAAGGACUAAUUUGGAGGAGAAAUCCUUAAGGGCUCUUCCAGGCACUCCAGUCUUGUGACCCUUGCCUUCCAGGAGCCAUGCACGAAGCAAAGUCCUCAGUGGUCCCCCAAACAACUAGAAAGAUGGGCCUUCUCCCCUUCUGUGCAGCUCCCUGUCUGCUAAGGAGAUCUGGACUCUGCAGCAAAUACAACCAGAGUCUAGGAGGAGUCAGAGGUGUGUCUUGGUGGAAUGGUGGAAAGGCCGAGAGUCUCCUUUCCUGCAUUGACGAAAUACGAUAAUCCAAGGUCUACUUGGCCGAGCACAAAGAAAAACAAGUAGUUUGUUUUUUUAGAGGACUUUGUGACACUGCUUACUAGCAUCCCAGUGGCCUGACAACUAACUGUAGCUUGACUGUAUCUUCAGCACCUGCCUUCAAGUGGUCAGCUCAGGGAAAAUCAGACUUUGCUUCCUAGGACUUGGCACAUGACCCAACAUGUGCUCCCAAUAUGAAACACUCAACAGGAGUCUCUUGCUUCUGAAAGAAAUGACAAUUCUGCCAUGCCAGCACAGCUCACAGAUCUGCACCCACCUGGGGUGGCUUGGCUGCUCACGCCAGGCUGGCCCCCAUCUCUACCACUGCUCUCGAGGCUGUAGAGUACACAUGGAGAAAGUGUGCUGUCCUGAUGCUAUCUCCUACUUUGUCACUCACCUCCUAUUUCAAUCUUCUAUGGUAUCAAAGGGCAUUGAGCUCCAUUGUAAACAUGAUCCUUUUGUCAUCCUAACUUCCUUCUGGGAAACUGUGGACUAAUGGUCAGACGAGCCCAUUGAAAGUCUGUGUGAAACAAACCAGUGUUUAUAUUUACAUGGCUUGGUAGUGCUCAAGCCCAGCCAGUUUUCAAUGCACUGCAGAUUGUGUGUGUGUAUACAUGUAUGAUCAAUAUUUAUUUCUAUGACUGCAGUAUUAUGUGGAAGGCCAGCAAAACUGGUCCAAAGGAUCAAGGACAGGAAAUAAAACUACCCCACUGUUGGCUGUGGAAACAAAAGUGUAUAGAGAAUAAAAAAUGUCUUCACCUAUUUUGGUUUUGAAUUUCUGUACUAGUCGCUAGGCUGAGAGUAUAAGAAAGAAAGAUAAACUAUUACUAAAAAGUUCAAAGUCUAGUAUUUGAGUUCUACAUGGAAAAAGAUGAAUUUUUCUUUCCUCCCCUCAUUUUAUAGAAUACUCUCUAUAAAAAUUUAAGGGUGUAAAUAUUAAAAUUGAGAAUUAGUUGUGGGGGCUAUAGAAGUAACUUCUAGAGUUGAUCCCAAGAGAUUGAGUUGUUGUAGAUUUUAGAUUCUGUACUAUUUAGCAAUACCAUGUGAUUCUCAUGUACUUGAGCUAUAGACCACAGUCUAAGUUAACAUGAUUCUGUUAAAUUGAAUGAAAACUAAAGCAUUUUAAUUAAUAUUUAAAAAUUGCCAUAUAUAUAAACAAAUAUAGAUGUAAACUGUCUUUUGAAAUGGAUGUUAGUUAUGCCCUUUACCUUUUAGAAUGGAAAGAAAGCUGUCACUCUACAUUACUUCCUAUAAAAAUUUAGGCCACAAGGCAUAGUACUGGGUUCUAUAACUGCUCUCCUUAUGGUCCCAAGUUCUGCCACGAAUGAUUCUGAGUAAAAAGAGAGAUGUAAGCCCUAAUUACUCUCAGGUGUGGCCCAGAAAUAAAAACAAUGCCAAGUUGACAAGAUGAGACCACAGACAGAUAGAGAUACUAGGACAUGGAUAUUUCGCUUUGCCUCUGACUUAUCAGCCUCACUUCUGGAGUUUCACUGAUUAUGGGAAUCGACAAUUGGAACAUGUAGUAUUGAAAUAUAUAUAAUAGAAAGAUAAAAUUUAACAUUAAGUUAAAAAUUGUUCUCCCCCAUGUUAAAUCUAAUGGCAAGUAAUGUUAGUAAUAUUCUACCCAAAAUUUUUGUGUUUCAUAUUUUCAGAUGGAAAUAAGGGACUAAAUGAGAUGAGGUGGUAUUUUUUUCUUUUGGGGUCACACCUGACAAUGCACAGGGGUUACUCCUGGUUUUGCAUUCAGGAAUUACUCCUGGCGGUGCUCAGGGGACCAUAUGGGAUGCUGGGAAUUGAACCCAGAUUGGCUGCAUGCAAGGCAAACGCCCUACCUGCUGUGUUAUUGCUCCAGCCCCUGAAGUGGUAUUUAUGUUUUCUUUUUGGUUCACACCUGGCAAUGCUCAGGGGUUACUCCUGGCUCUGCACUCAGGAAUUACUCCUGGCGGUGCUCAGGGGACCAUAUGGGAUGCUGGGAAUCAAACACGGGUUGGCCAUGUGCAAGGCAAAUGCCCUGCCCGCUGUGCUAUUGCUCUAGUCCCCUGAAGUGGUAUUUUUUUAAAGAUAAUUUAUAUAACAUCUUUCACAGUUCACAGUUUGCUUUCUUUUUGCCUGCUUCCAUAGUCCUUAGCCUUGGUUUAAAUAUACAUGUUGAAUAAAAUAACAUCAAUGCAAAAUUAUUGUGAAAUAUCAA